GCCCGUGCUUCUGGAUCACAACGAUAGUUUCCUUUACGUUCAAGUGGGCCUUCACCAGUUUCCAAAAGCAUGUGGACGAUCUACCCUUCGACUAAUCCGAGCCAAGGAGCCACUCAAUUGCCGACUCAUUUGCAUAAGUUUAAUAGACUGCGCCCAAUCGUCCAUCUUUCUCAGAUACCACCAUGACAACGCGUCAAGAUGAAGAAGAGACUCAUCUUCUCCAACAGCCAGACCAGCUGGUAGCCCGAACUUCACCUCUGCCAUGGGAUCAAUUCUGGAUCAUAUUAUUCUUGCAGCUUUCCGAUUCGCUUGUCGUUCAGACUCUUGCCCCAUUUACCCCUCAACUGAUCAGAGACAUUGGUGUGACGAACGGAGACGAAUCUCAAGUUGGACACUAUGUUGGCAUCCUGCAAUCAUCAUAUUAUACGGCUCAAGCACUGACUAUCCUCCCUUGGAGCCAACUGUCUGAUCACAUAGGGCGGAAACCUGUGAUUCUGACUGCUCAAUUCGCAAUGUCGAUUUCAAUGUUCUCGUUUGGGCUAUCGAAAAAUUUUGUCGGUCUGGUAGUCAGUCGUGCUUUCUGCGGGGCAUUUAAUGGAAGCAAUGGGGUCAUCAAAAGCAUGGUGAUGGACAUCACUGACACAACUAACUUGCCGAAGGCAUUUAGCUAUAUGCCGCUCCCAUGGAUGUUGGGGACCUUAGUUGGACCCCUCGUUGGUGGAUCGCUCUCCAGACCCGUGGACAGAUUCCCUGAGAUUUUUGGGCGAUCAAUACUGCUGCAAAUCUACCCAUACCUCUUGCCAUGCGCUGUUCCAGCUAUAUUCGCCCUGGUGGCUUGGCUAGUCGCGUAUUUUUGUUUCAAAGAGAGCGUUUCAACAACGACACCACUUUGGAAGCUGACAAAAGGAAGGCUCUUGCGACAGUCAUAUGCAAAGCCUUUUCCGCCAUCGAGAAAUGCUCUGGCCGUUCGUGAGGUAGCGAACUCUGAAGGAGUAGCAUCAAAGCCGUUGCCACUGUGCGCCUUGCUAACUCCAAAGGUCCUGACUGUGACAACAAGUUAUGUCACCAUGACUCUGCUUUACAUGGGAUUCAGUUCGGUUCUACCUGUUUUCUACUCGACGCCGAUUGAACUCGGUGGUCUUUCCCUUGAUCCUCCCAAGAUUGGUGCUAUACUUGCGGUAUCAGGUGUCGCGCAUGGUGUAUUCCAACUACUUUUCUACUCGCGGCUACAUGAUCGCUUCGGUGCAGGAGCCAUGCAUGUUACUGGUGUUGUCUCUGGCAUACCUAUCAUCAUUUUAUUCCCGGUGACCAAUGCGCUUGCUCGAGUCCAUGGCCUGGGUUUGGCGGUAUGGCUGUCUGUUGGCGUUCAACUUUCGCUGGUAACUAGCUUGAUCAUGUGCUAUCCCUGUUUAGUAUUGUUUAUCAGAGCCGCCGCUCCCAAUCGCGCAUCGCUUGGAGCGACCAAUGGAAUUGUCCAGCUAGUUGUGGCAGGAGCAAAAAUCGUUGCCCCAGCAUCUGCAGCUUCGGUUUUCUCUUAUUCGAUGCAGGAAGGUCAUGACGCAUGGUCGAUAUAUUACUAUUUGAUGGCAUUUGCAUUUCUCGCUGUAGGCACUUCUCUCUUACUUCCUCGUGAUCCUAGUCUAUGGGAAGAUCACCAAUAGUAUCGUCACUAGUGAUCUGCAUGUUGUCUGUUUUUAGCCAUGAUGUUCAGUAAUAGGUGGUAUAUAGCGCGGUAGCCAAACAGAGAUAUUUUUGCGUCCUUAA